AUGGACAAUAUUAGGGAUGAUGUAAUCUAUCCACUUGACAUAAGUUCACUUAAUCGAUAUUUUAUUCAAUUGAUUUCUUGCGCUGAUGAUUAUCAAUUUCAAGAAUUGAUUAGAACAUUUUUACCAAUACUUAUUCAAAGUAUUGAAGUACAAACAGAUGAUUUUAGAAAAAAAGCAGUUGAAGUUUUUAUACAUAUCAAUAAACGUGUCAAAACUCGACCAGAAAUUCAAAUUCCAGUGAAAAGUCUUUUAGAAAUAUUUACAACAUCAACACAAUGUUCACCAUUUGCUUCUAAUUUUUCUAUAAUGUAUAUUAAAAUGGGCUUUAUGCGUUUAAAACCUGAUUAUCAAAUUGAAUUAAUACCUCUUCUUUUUCAAUCAUUAACAAAUCGAUCAAUUCCUCAUCAAGAGUUACUUAUGGGUCUUAUUGUUUAUGCUUUACAAUAUGUUAAAAUUAUUCCAAAUAUGAAUGAAAAUAUUAUUAAAUAUGGCCUUACUGAUCAACCAAUAAUUCGAAAUUUAUUUCUUAAUUUUCUUCUCAAUAUUAUUCUUUUACCUUACAAAUUUGAAGAGAGUAAACCUCGGAAUACGACUAGAACUACUCAACGAUCAUAUAUUGAACCUUCUCAAGCACCUGUUGAUGAAGUACUUUUUUCAACAAUGGAUGAUGCACCCAGUAAAGAAGCAGAAGUAUUUAAACAGCCAUAUCCAUGUAUGAAUGAACAAUUAUAUAAUCGAAUAACUGAAGCCAUACAAACUGAUGAUUUAAAUCAAGUUGAAAAACUUAAAGUUGCAAUAUUAAAAUUUCUAAAUGGAAAUAUUUAUUCAGAAAAUGAUAUAAUAUUUCAUUUUGUAUUAGCAACAGCUGAUUCAAGAUACUCUGUUGUUUUAGCUGCUGAACAUGAUAUAAAACGUUUAACAGUUGCUGUUGAUUGGAAUUCAAUGCAACAUGUACAAAGUUUAUUUGAAUUCUUUUUAGGAACAUCAAAAACAAUUAAACAACAAAAUGCAGAUUUAAUUCGUAAUCCAUCAAAUACUCGAAUACGUUUAAAACUUUAUUCUUAUUUACUUAAAUCACGAACAGCUAGUACAAUUUUUCCACAUGCAAUUCAAAUUCUUUAUGAAAGUCUUUUUGGUAAUUCAACAAAUGUUCGUAUUAAAUAUUUUUCAUUACAAUUUGCACAAAAUAUGAUUCAAAAUGCGGAAUUAAAUAGUCUUGUUGGUGUAUCAAAAUUAAUAUUACAUGCAUUGGAAAAAAUUCUUAUUACAGAAACAAAUAAAACACAUGAUGCAUCACGUUUAAGAAGUUUAACAUAUGUUUUAAUUGGUAAACUUUCAUAUCGUGUACCAAAAUUAUUUUCUGAUGAUAUUAGAUUAACACAACAAUUUUUUGAAGCAUUAAAAACAGAAGAUAAUGAAUGUUGUUUAAAUAUUCAAGAAGCUCUAACAAGUUUAAAUAAUCGAUAUUUUAACAUUUUGCUAUGUGAUAUAGAAAAUGCAAUGUUACAUGAUGAUUAUCAUCGUGUACGAGCUGAUGCUAUUCGAACUCUUGUUUUUGCAAUAUCAUCUGUAAAAAAUAUAAACCAAGAAAAUGCCGAUCUUUUUAGUGAAUAUCUUUUUCCAACAUUGUCAACACCAAAUAUUCAAGAUGAUUGUUAUGUUCGAUCAAAUCUUGCGAAAUAUUUAUCUAUACUUGCUGAACAUUCAUUAAGAUUUUUAGAAAAAACUUAUUUAAUUGAAGAACGAAAUCAUACAAUAAAUAAUGAUCAUUUUAAAGUUUAUGAAGAAGAAUUAAAAAGUGUUCAAACAUGGAUGCAAGGUAAAUUUGGUGAUCUUAUACAUGGUGAAAAUGGUGAUCAAAAUGGACAAUUAGCUGAAGCUGUUUGUCGAUCGGAUCUUAUACGUUUAUGUACAUUUUUUGGCAAACGAAAAACGAUUGAAGUUAUCUGCGGACAUUUGACAACAUUAUUAAGUCAACCAAAUUGGCGUUUACGUGCAGCAUUAUUUGAUAGUCUUGUUACUGUUGCUUCCUAUAUUGGACUUGAAAGUGAACUAUUCAUUUUACCAUUAUUAAAUCAAGGAUUAGUUGAUGAAGAAGAAUUUGUUGUUUAUCGAGUAUUAAAAGCACUUGCUUGUUUUGUUCGUUUAUCAUUAUUAAAACGUAAAACAAUUUAUGAAUUUCUUCGACAAGUUGCACCACUUAUUUGUCAUCCAAACCUUUGGCUUCGAUUAAGUGUUAUUGAAUUCAUAAAUAGUAUUUGUGAAAAGUCUCAUUUGGCUGAUGUACAUGGAUUUGUUAUACCGGUGAUUGAACGAUUCUUUAAAUUUCCAGUUGUUCAAGUUGAAAAUCCUGUACAACCAUUAUCACGUGAAUUAUUUGAACAUGUUCAAAAAAUUGAAAUAAAAGAAAAUUUAUUUCGAUAUUUAACUGAUCGAUCUAAUGUUCGACAAAUGACAGGUAGUGGAUUAAAACCAGCUUAUAUUGAAUCUAAUGAUUCUGUUCUUCGUGAUGCAUUUGAAAGAUUAACUGAAUUAGGAAUGAAAGAAGAAGAUGAAGAUAAAAUUUUAGCAUUAAAAUUUUUUGUUAAACAAAUACCACAAAAUAAAUUAAAUUCAAGUGCAUCAACUGAAACUACAGCUCGACCAGGUACAGUUUAUAUAAAAACUCCACCAGGACGACGACUUGAUUUAAGUUUAAAUAUAAAUCGAACUAAUAAUGAAAAUUAUUCAACAAGAAAUAUUAAUAAUGAUGCUUCCGAUUGGUCGGAAAUGUUUGGUGCUGUAACAAUGCAAAUUGCAAAUCAAGAAGACAAUAUUCCAACUAGUUUAACAAUCAAUCCAAAUGAUAAAACAAUAAAUGAAAAUAAUGAUGAAGCUAUGUUAAUUGAUACAAUGCAAUAUCAAUUACCAUCAACAGAAAAUAUAACACAACAUCGACCACAUGUUUUUCUUGAACCAUCAUCAAAAAUAAUAAGAACAGGUCUUCGAUUACAAUGUUUAACUGAACAAAAUAAUUUAUUAUUAAAACAUGAAGCUAUCUAUCGUGAAGAUUGUCAACGUGCUAAAUUACUUAAACAUUGUGUACCGACCAAUGUUUAUGAAAUAUCGGAUCAAAAACUUUGGACACCACAAGGUAUUCUUCUUGGUCAUAUUCAUUUACAUAGUGGAAAAAUUACAAAAUUAGCAUCCAGUCUUGUUUCUCCAUCAAUUAAUUAUACGCAACUUUUUGCUACCGGUGAUACAAAAGGAGCUAUUCGAUUAUGGGAUAUAAAUCAAUUUCAAAAAUCUCUUAUCUUUCGACCAUCACGAGCUAUUCGUGGAACAGGAUCAUCUGUUCGAGGUUUAGCAUUUACAUCGGAUAAUAAUUUAAAUCUUGCAUCUUUAAAUGAAAAUGGACAAUUGAAUAUAUAUGAUCUUAAUUCUCCAACAUCUGAUAUUCGUGAAUCAUUUUAUAAUUUAAAAUUAGAUGUUACUGAUGUUGGUGUACCAGUUGAUUUGAAAUAUUUUAAUACUGGUUCGCAAGAUAUUUUAGCAUUAGCCACAUCACAAGGUUUAAUUGUUGGAAUUGAUGCAAGAUGUUCAACGCCUGUUUUUCGAUUUAAAAAUGAUUUAAAUCAUCGUUUAAUAACUGCACUUGAAGUCGAUGAACUUCAAUCAUGGUUAGCUGUAGGCACUGGUAGUGGAUUUAUUGAUAUAUGGGAUAUGCGUUUUCAAUUAUGUAUUCAAGGAAUAAGACAUUCAACAGGUGCACGUGUUAUAAGUUUACUUCGUCAUCAGGAUCAACCGAGUAGUUUGAUUAGUUCAUUUCAAGGUAAUAAUGAAGUAGCUGUAUGGAAUAUUGAUAAACCUCAAAUACGACAAAAAGCUUUUUGGCCAUCACCAGUCACACCACUUUCAUUAACACAGUCACUUAAUCAUUAUAUUGCAUCAAUGUAUUUAUGGAAAAAUGAUGGAUGUAUAUCAUUACUUUGUGCUGGAACAGAUAUGCGUAUAAGAAAUUGGAAUUUAAGUCAACCAAUGCGAUCAUAUAUUGUAUGUCGAGGACCAGCUGAUGAUGAUGUUUUAACUGCACGUUAUCAACCAAAAACAAUUGAAGGUGUUGAAGUAACUAUUGAAGAAUAUCAUAGACGUAAACAUCCAUCAUCGCCACCAAUAGUAACACAAUUGCCAAGCGCAUCGCCAACAUCAUCAUCUGCCACAACAACAACAACAACAGAAAUUAAAACAACAAAGUCAAGUGCAACUAUUCCACCAGCACAUACUGAUACAGUUACAUCAAUGCAAUUAGUUAUAUCCAAAGAACGUACACCUUAUUUAAUAACUGUUUCAUGUGAUGCUGUGGUGAAAAUAUGGAAAUAA